AUGAGGACCCGGCCGCAGGACUCGUUGUUCCGAGGCGCGUGCGGCAGAAACGUUGGCCCUUCCGCACCAGGCUGUGCCACCUUCAUGCUUGGAUCAGGUUCCAGGGUUUGGCUUGACGUUGCCGAGCGGCCGUGGGCAUCUGCCAAUUCUCCGAGGCCCGCUGUGACGGUCCAACGAAGGUUCCGGGCACAUCCUCACCAAAGCACUGAGCUCAGUCAGGGCUGCAUUUCGAUAUUCUUUUCCCGGUUUCCUCGUCGCUCAAGGAGUCGUUUGACGACGAAUCAGCUUCCCGUGGUGCGGUUUCCCAGUCAGACCAGCAGGUGUUGCAAGUCACCCGCCAGACAAGUCCCCGAUGUGGCUAGAAAAGGCGAGACAUCUGCACUGGGGUCAACCGCAGCUCCGCCAAUAAGCAAGACUUCGUGA